AUGGGGUCGACGGGCAAGUUGUCCUGCAAAUGGACAACUUUCUUAGGUCUGCUUGCGGCUUUCAGCUGCAUGAUACAGCCUGCAGUCAUGGUUAAGGAAAAUGACUUCAAGAAGUGUCACCAGGCCGGCUUCUGCAAGCGCAAUCGCGACUACGCCGACAAUGCCGACUCCCUGGGCCCUAACUGGGCUACCCCCUACGAUAUCGCCCCCGAUACCGCCAAGUUCGCCGACGGCCAGUUGCAGGCCGUCAUCCUGAAGACCAUCAACGACGCCAAGGACACCGUUCGCCUCCCCAUCACUGUUUCCUUCCACGAGUCCGGCACCGCCCGCGUGAGCGUCGAUGAGGAGAAGCGUCAGAAGGGCGAAAUCGAGCUGCGACACAACAGCAUUGUGCGGAAGGAGCGAUACAACGAGGCCGAGAAGCACGUCAUUGUUGGCGGCUUGACUUUGGACAAGGAGGCCAAGGUUGCCUACCAGGACAAGGAGCAGAUCACCAUCCAGUAUGGUCCCGAUUCCAAGUUCGAGGCCGUCAUCAAGUUCUCGCCCUUCGGUGUCGAGUUCAAGAGAGAUGGAGCCUCGCAUAUCAAGCUCAACGACCGCGGUCUCUUCAACAUGGAGCACUGGCGCGCUAAGGUCGACAAGCCCGCCGAGGAAAAGAAGGAGGGCGAGGAGGCCAAGACCGACGAUGUCAAGAAGGAGGACGAGAGCACCUGGUGGGACGAGAGCUUUGGAGGCAACACCGACUCUAAGCCCCGCGGCCCCGAGAGUGUUGCCCUCGACAUCACCUUCAGCGGAUACGAGCACGUCUACGGUAUCCCCGAGCACACUGGCUCCCUCUCGCUGAAGCAGACCCGCGGCGGUGAGGGCAACCACAACGAGCCGUACAGACUCUACAACUCCGACGUCUUCGAGUACGUCCUGGACAGCCCCAUGACCCUCUACGGAGCCAUUCCCCUCAUGCAGGCUCACGGCAAGGACUCCACCGUUGGUGUCUUCUGGCUCAACGGUGCCGAGACCUGGAUCGACAUCACCAAGAGCGAGACCAAGGCCAACCCCAAGGCCCUCGGUGCCGGCUCCAAGACCAGCACUCACACCCACUGGAUCUCUGAGGCCGGCAUCCUUGACCUCUUCAUCUUCCUGGGCCCCACUCCCAAGGACAUCUCCAAGGCCUACGGCGAGUUGACUGGUACUACUGCCAUGCCGCAGGAGUUCUCGCUCGGCUACCACCAGUGCCGCUGGAACUACAUCUCUGACGACGAUGUCAAGGACGUCGACCGCAAGUUCGACAAGUACAAGAUCCCCUACGACGUCAUCUGGCUCGACAUCGAGUACACCGACGGCAAGAAGUACUUCACCUGGGACCCCGACAUGUUCAAGAACCCCAUCGAUAUGGGCAAGGCUCUUGACGAGCACGGCCGCAAGCUCGUUGUCAUCAUCGAUCCUCACAUCAAGAAGGAGGAUGGCUACAGCAUCAACAAGGAGAUGAACGACAAGGGCCUCACCGUCAAGAACAAGGAUGGCGAGACCUUUGAGGGUUGGUGCUGGCCCGGAUCCUCCAACUGGGUCGACUGCUUCAACCCCGAAGCUCUGAAGUGGUGGAGCCAGCUGUACAACUACGACAAGUUCCCCGGCACCAUGGAGAACACCUUCAUCUGGAACGACAUGAACGAGCCCUCCGUGUUCAACGGACCCGAGGUCACGAUGCCCAAGGACAACAUCCACUACGGCAACUGGGAGCACCGUGAUGUCCACAACAUCAACGGCAUGACCUUCCACAACGCCACCUUCGAGGCUCUGCUCACUCGCAAGAAGGGUGAGCUCCGCAGACCUUUCGUCCUGACCCGUUCCUUCUACGCCGGCUCCCAGAGACUCGGUGCCAUGUGGACUGGUGACAACCAGGCCUCGUGGGAGCACCUUGGCGCCUCUGUCCCUAUGAUCCUGAACCAGGGUAUCUCCGGCUUCCCCUUCGCUGGUGCCGACGUUGGAGGCUUCUUCGGCAACCCUGAGCCCGACCUGAUGGCUCGCUGGUACCAGGCCGGUGCUUUCUACCCCUUCUUCCGUGGCCACGCCCACAUCGACGCCCGCCGCCGUGAGCCCUACAUGCUCGCGGAACCCUUCAGAGGCAUCCUCACCGCCGCCCUGCGUCUGCGUUACAGCUUGAUGCCCUCGUGGUACACUGCUUUCUUCCACGCCCACCGCGACGGAAGCCCCGUCGUUCGCCCCAUGUUCUGGACUCACCCAUCCGAGGAGGCCGGCUUCGCGAUCGAUGACCAGGUCUUCGUCGGAUCUACCGGUCUGCUUCACAAGCCCGUGGUCGAGAAGGACCAGGAGGUGGUCAGCAUCUUCAUCCCCGACGAUGAGGUCUACUACGACUACUUCAACUAUGAGAAGCUCGACACCAAGAAGGGCGAGUACAUCACCAAGUCCGUCCCCCUCGACCAGGUCGCCGUCCUCAUGCGCGGCGGCCACAUCUUCCCCCGCCGCGACCGUCCCCGCCGCUCCACCCAGCUGAUGCGCUUCGACGACUACACCCUCGUCAUCAGCGUCAGCAAGAACGGCGACGCGGAGGGCGAGCUCUACGUCGACGACGGCGACUCGUACGAGUUCGAGAAGGGCCAGUACAUCUACCGCAAGUUCAAGCUCUCCGGCAGCACCCUGUCGUCCGUCGACGCCGAGGGCCGCAGCUCCAAGUCCGUCAAGCCCGGCUCCUGGCUCAAGGCCAUGAAGGAGGUGUACGUCGACAAGAUCGUCGUCGUCGGCGCGCCGGCCGCCUGGAACGUCAAGGAGGUCACCAUCGAGUCGGAGGGCAAGACGUGGUCCGUUCCCGUGCAGUACCACGCGGCCGAGGACGGCCGCGCCGCGUACGCCUUUGUCGGUCGCGUCGCCGCCCGCAUCGGUGAGGACUGGAGCAUCAAUCUGUCCUAG